CCAAAUCAUUAUAAAGCAUUAAGUGAGUGUCAUUUUGAAGAAGACAAAGCACAGCCAUCCAUUGUAGACAUUUGCGUUUAUGAGUUACAAACAAGCAAGUUAUCCUGAAAUCCAUUCCAUCGAAACAAGGAGUCAUGUGGUGAAAUCAAUCCAACGUACAUGGAAAUCUAUACAGGUUUAUUCUCAAGUUGAACAACGCUGUAAUAUCGUCUAGAAGGUUUGAAGAGGAAAAGAAUCGCUUGUUCCUGGGUACAAGGAAUCAAAAAAAUUCGAUUUAGAGAAAAUCUAUAUCAACACAAAAGAAAUUGUUGUCAAGCACAAGGUGGCUCUACUAAAGGACUUGGAUCUGUUCAUUUCCUUUUUGGGACGAGUGCUCGUCCGAUUUCUCGAUGUCCAACAGACAUGAAGGGAGAAAGGAUUUUCUAUUUUUGGAAAUAACAUUUUUCCUUUGUAUUUGGCGCGAUCAUUUGGCUUCAUCCAAUAAGCAUUUUUCCUUUUCCAUAGAUUUUCAUCAGACUGAGUAAAACAAGUUGUCUCUUGGUUUAUUUCUUGAGAACACUACUACCAACAUCUUUGUGAACUAAAUAUAGACAAGACAAAAUUUUCUACAAUUGCAUCACGUUUUCUUUGGCUUCUAGCAACAGCGAAAAGUCUACAAUAGAAAACUUGCAACUGUCCAUGAAUAACGAGUCUGAAAACGAAAAGUUACACGAAAACCAGGAAACUUCUCAAGGCAACGUCGUUGGAAACUUAUCUGUAAAUAUACCCUCAUCCAAGUCAAAUAAAAGGGUUCGUGCAACUAUCACCACUUCGGGCGUCAAUGACAAUGAAGACUUUCGGUUUCUACCUCCCAUGAGUUCACAUUCAAGAAGCUUGUUCUCUCCAUUUGAUCAGACUGGUGAAUUUCUGUCCAAUUUUGAGCUACCGUUCCUAGAAAUGUUUCACGGAAUACCAAGCUCGAGCGGUAGCGAAAAGCGAACACCCACUUCGAUUCCAAGUCCCAGUUCUAACAUGCCAGAAAUAUCCAACAAAUUAUUUGAAACCAAUUCAAUGCAUCAGCCUCUUGAUUCGUUUCCAGAUAAUCUUCUAUUUGGAGAGACAAAAAAGGGGGAUGAAUCUCGAGAUGAUUUUUUCUUAGAUGAACAAGAAAGCACUGAGAAACUGAAAAGCUUUGAAUCGGAGGAUAAUACGAAAGUAGAUCAGUCUUCUACAGGCUCAGUAAGCUCUCAUUUGCAGGAUAAUACGAAUGAUGAUGAAGAGAGACGUAAACGAGAACUUCGAAUUCAAAGAAAUCGUGAGUCAGCUAUGAGGUCACGCAUUCGAAAAAAUAAUUAUAUUGCUGAACUGGAACGCAGAGUGGAAAAUCUAACAGCUGAAAAGAUGAGACUGGAAGGAAGUCUACUACAGCUAUGGAUGGAGAACGAGAUUUUGAAACGGGGAGGAGGAUCAGGUACUGCUACUCAACGUCUUAUGGGAGGAGAUUCUGUUGGCAGUGUUUUAAACAAUCCGUUUUUGCUUUCAUCCUUUCUACAAAGGGUUGAUCCACUUUUAUCUACAGUUCAAAGCUCUGGUGUGUCUCGUCUGACUUCUUCCUAUUCAGGAGGUAACGUUUCUUUCGGUAGUGAACUAGCAGCAAGUAACCCGGAAUAUAGUCGGGCAGUUGCUAAGGAAAAUGUGAAUAAUCCUCCAGGAAAGUCAGUUGCUUAUCCCAAAAAACGCAAAGGAAAGAAAUCCUUUUAAACUAGCUAUUUCUGUUCACCUUUCCUUAUUUUCUUCUU